GAAGAGGCGCGGCAGGAUGAAGGGCCAAGUCUGGCAGCUGCAGUUCUGCUGGGGAGUCACGGGGAGUAGAGGCACCGGGAACCAUGGCGGCGGUAGUGGCGGCGGCGGCUGUGCGGGCUCGGAUCCUGCAGGUUUCUUCCAAAGUGAACUCCACUUGGUAUUCAGCAUCCUCGUCCUUCUCUUCUUCAGUGUCAACUGUAAAGCUCUUCAUUGAUGGGAAAUUUGUUGAAUCCAAAAGUGACAAAUGGAUCGACAUCCACAACCCAGCCACCAAUGAGGUCAUUGGUCGGGUCCCUCAGGCCACCAAGGCUGAAAUGGAUGCGGCUGUUGCCUCCUGCAAACGCUCUUUUCCCGCAUGGGCAGACACUUCAGUAUUAAGCCGUCAGCAGGUUCUGCUUCGCUAUCAACAGCUUAUUAAAGAAAACUUGAAAGAAAUUGCCAGGUUAAUCACUCUGGAACAAGGGAAGACCCUAGCGGAUGCUGAAGGAGAUGUGUUUCGAGGCCUUCAGGUGGUUGAGCAUGCCUGCAGUGUGACAUCCCUCCUGCUGGGAGAGACGAUGCCAUCCAUCACCAAAGACAUGGACCUUUAUUCCUACCGUCUGCCUCUUGGGGUGUGUGCAGGCAUUGCUCCAUUCAAUUUUCCUGCCAUGAUCCCCCUUUGGAUGUUUCCCAUGGCCAUGGUGUGUGGAAAUACCUUCCUAAUGAAGCCAUCAGAGCGAGUCCCUGGAGCAACUAUGCUUCUUGCCAAGUUGCUUCAGGACUCUGGUGCCCCUGAUGGAACACUGAACAUCAUCCAUGGACAACACGAAGCUGUGAACUUCAUUUGUGAUCAUCCGGAUAUCAAAGCAAUCAGCUUUGUGGGAUCCAACCAGGCAGGAGAGUACAUCUUCGAGAGAGGGUCAAGACAUGGCAAGAGAGUUCAAGCCAAUAUGGGAGCCAAGAACCAUGGGGUAGUCAUGCCAGAUGCCAAUAAGGAAAAUACACUGAACCAGUUGGUUGGGGCAGCAUUUGGAGCUGCUGGUCAGCGCUGCAUGGCUCUUUCAACAGCGAUCCUUGUGGGAGAAGCUAAGAAGUGGCUGCCAGAGCUGGUGGAGCGUGCCAAAAACCUGAGAGUCAACGCAGGAGACCAGCCUGGAGCUGAUCUUGGCCCUCUGAUCACACCCCAAGCCAAAGAGCGAGUCUGUAAUCUGAUUGAUAGUGGAACAAAGGAGGGAGCCUCCAUCCUUCUUGAUGGUCGAAAUAUUAAAGUCAAAGGCUAUGAAAAUGGCAACUUUGUUGGACCAACCAUCAUCUCAAAUGUCAAGCCAAAUAUGACUUGUUACAAAGAGGAGAUUUUUGGUCCAGUUCUUGUGGUUCUGGAGACAGAUACUUUGGAUGAAGCCAUCAAGAUUGUAAAUGAUAACCCAUAUGGAAAUGGAACUGCCAUCUUCACCACCAAUGGAGCCACCGCUAGGAAAUAUUCCCACUUGGUGGAUGUUGGACAGGUGGGUGUGAAUGUCCCCAUUCCAGUGCCUUUACCAAUGUUCUCAUUCACUGGCUCUCGAUCUUCCUUCAGGGGAGACACCAAUUUCUAUGGCAAACAGGGCAUCCAAUUCUACACUCAGCUAAAGACCAUCACUUCUCAGUGGAAAGAAGAAGAUGCUACUCUUUCCUCACCUGCUGUGGUCAUGCCUACCAUGGGCCGUUAGAAUGAGUUGUUCCAGACUCAGUCCAUCCUGAGUCAUCUCCCUUUAUUCUUGACCACCUUCAUUUGCCAACUUUGCUCAAAUCAGAUCCCUGAGAAUGGAAUACCUUGUAACUAAAUCUUUCUCAGGACCAUUAGCCCCUGCACAGUUGCUAUAGAGAGACUCCUGGUGUAAAUCUGAAACCGGAUUUACUUACUCUUCAUACUUCUCUUUUUGAGGUAACUGUUGUUAACUGUGAAAUGUUAAUCUGAAGGAGAGCUUAGAGCUGUUUUCUAAAAAUUCUUCCCUCUUCUGAUAACUUGAAGGGAAGAUUAGUGUUUGUAAAGAUCAUCCAUAAUUCACCCUUUGGUUGACCUUCAAACAGCCCUACAUAAUUGCCAGUGGGGGAUACACCACUGCCAGGCUUUCCUGAGUCUAUCAUCCCAUACUACACAAGAUAUAGUCCAUUUCUACUUA